AUGUCAAAAUAUGACUUGAGAAAUCAAAGAGCAGCAUAAUCUGAUGCUAUUUCCAUUAAAUCAACCAUAGAUAAUCAUUAGUUUCAAUCAGUUGACAACACUCAGGAAAGAAAGCGACUAACUAGCAACCAGAAUGAGAUACUAGAUGACUACGAAGAUAAACUAAGCAGUAAACUAAAGCAAAGAUUUGAAGCAGAUAUUGAGCAAAAGUUUAUUGAGAUGCAAUAGAAUUUAAUAAAGAACAUAAAUUUAAUGAGCUUCACGAAUAUGAAUGAUGAAAAGUGUCCUAUGAAGAAUCUCAAAAGCUCCAAGCAGUUAGGAGAAAGUGCGAGAUUCCCUAAGAGAGUAAGAUCUCAAGAGUACUUAUCUGUAUGUGAUUAAAGUGAUCCGCUUGACUGCUCACGAAACGAGAUAGAAUGCUAGGUAGCAUAGAUGAAGAGCUACAUAUCAAAAAGAAAAGACACACUGUCGCCAGUCCUAAGAAAAGAUAUAUCUCCCUUACCAGAGGAUACGCUUCCCCUUAAGCCCAAUCUAAUUUUAAACAACUGCAAAAGACUGGACUUUAACAGCGUUCUCAGAGAUGAUGAAAGGAAGAUUACUUAGUCAUUAGGAGAUAUCCCAGAGAAAAACUCAAUGAGUUCUUCUAAUAACUGCAGCAUAAUAUCUUCUCAAGAUAGGUCUAAAAACAACAGAAGUGGCAGGUACAAUCCAAUAUCUAUCUACCAGUUCAAUCCUUAGUUCUCAGGAGAUAAUACCAAGAAGAAUAGUCCUAAUUUCUUAAUUGAAAAGGACAAGCAGAUUAGGUCAGCCAGAUACAUCAAAUUUCAGCCAAGUGUUAAAGAAAAUAAGCAUUUGGUCAAGUUAAGUGAAGAUGUGUCUACAGAGGAAAGAAAUCCAAUGAGGUAUAGCAAUUACUUCCUGAAAUAGAAAUUAUCAAUAAUGAAUCAUGACAACAAAGAGAACAUUGAAAUUCAGACAGAUAGAAUGCCUAGAAAUUAAAAAGUAGACCACAACUAAAGCUAAGGCUACCAUGAGUAUCAUGAAAUUUCUGACAUUUAAUUAGAAAGCAGAUCAUGUAAACUAUCGAAGUCUGUCUGUGGCAAUCAUUUUAUGCUUCAGGCUGUGGGAUCAAGCAAGAAUAGCUAGAGAAAAUAGUGGGCUAGAAACGUAGUUAAAAAAUGA